UGAAGUGCCCUCUAAGAGCACUGGCCCUCUCCUAACGCCCCACACCUCCUCUGCACCAAAGGCUAAUUAAUGAGGGGGACGGGAGACAAAAAAGCUUUCUGAGACACACUCAGAGAAAAUAUUCUGCGUCCCAAAAGGGUGCUCCUCCCGCCUGCUCUCCCCUGCUUUGCAACGCCGCUGUUUCUCUUGCGCUCUGUUUUGUGAAUUCCCAUCUUGUAACAGCGAUGUCGGCUCGGCACCACGGCCCCACUCCCGAGUUUCCCCUUCCUCAGCUCCCGCGUGGGCCUGGGGCUCCUCUGCGCCUGCUGCAGGCUCAGCCCAGCGCCUUUGGCGUCCGCGUGCAACUCCCCGGCUCCACUUUCACUUUCGGUCCCGGGACGGGCGAGGCCGAAGAAGUGGUGGGAGAGCGAACAGGCGCGGGCCCCGAGCCCCAGGAGUCGUAAUUGUACUGCUGUGUAGCACAUUUUCAGGUAGUUUGAGCAAGAUGAUAGCUCAGUCCAUCAAGUGGCCACUGGCAACCAUGUCAUUUCUACUUUCAUCACUGUUGAUUCUCUUAACUGUGUCAACUCCAUCCUGGUGUCAGAGCAGUGAAACUUCAGCUCCCAAAGCUAGUGAUGGGGCUCCAUUUCCUUGGAAUAAAAUGCGACUUCCUGAGCACAUCGUCCCAGUUCAUUACGAUCUCAUGAUCCACGCAAAUCUCACCACUCUGACUUUCGAGGGAACCACGGAAAUAGAAAUCACAGCCCGCAAGCCCACCAGUGCCAUCAUCCUGCACAGUCACCGCCUGCGCAUAUCGCAGGCCACGCUGAGGAGGGCAGCUGCAGAGGGGUGGUCUGAAUUGCCACUGAGAGUCCUGGAACAUCCACUUCAAGAGCAAAUCGCGCUCCUAGCUCCCGAGCCGCUGGGUGUUGGGGUCCCGUACACCGUUGUCAUUGCCUAUGCCAGCAGUCUUUCUGAGAGUUUCCAUGGGUUUUACAAAAGCACCUACAGAACCAAGGAAGGGGAAGUGAGAAUACUUGCAUCAACACAAUUUGAACCUACUGCAGCCAGAAUGGCCUUUCCCUGCUUUGAUGAACCUGCUUUCAAAGCGAGUUUUUCAGUGAAGAUCAGAAGGGAACCAAGACACCUCGCCAUCUCUAAUAUGCCAUUGGUUAAAUCUGUGACUAUUGCUGAAGGACUCAUAGAAGACCAUUUUGAUGUCACUGUGAAGAUGAGCACCUACCUGGUGGCCUUCAUUGUCUCAGAUUUUAAGUCUGUCAGCAAGAUGACCAAGAGUGGAGUCAAGGUUUCCGUGUAUGCUGUUCCAGACAAAAUAAAUCAGGCAGAUUAUGCACUGGAUGCUGCGGUGACUCUUCUAGAAUUUUAUGAGGAUUAUUUCAGCAUUCCAUAUCCCUUACCCAAACAAGAUCUUGCUGCUAUUCCUGACUUUCAAUCUGGUGCUAUGGAAAACUGGGGACUGACAACAUACAGGGAAUCAUCUUUACUGUUUGAUGCUGAGAAGUCUUCUGCAUCAAGUAAGCUUGACAUCACGAUGACAGUGUCCCAUGAACUUGCCCACCAGUGGUUCGGGAACCUCGUCACUAUGGAAUGGUGGAAUGAUCUUUGGCUAAAUGAGGGAUUUGCCAAGUUUAUGGAGUUCGUUUCUGUCAGUGUGACUCAUCCAGAACUGAAAGUUGAGGAUUAUUUCCUUGGUAAGUGUUUUGAUGUGAUGGAGGUAGAUGCAUUAAAUUCCUCACACCCUGUGUCCACACCCGUGGAGAAUCCUGCUCAGAUUCGGGAGAUGUUUGAUGACGUUUCAUAUGAAAAGGGUGCUUGUAUUCUGAAUAUGCUCAGGGAUUAUCUUAGUGCCGAUGCAUUUAAAAGUGGUAUUGUAAAGUAUCUGCAGAAGUAUAGCUAUAAAAACACAAAAAACGAGGACCUGUGGAAUAGCAUGGCGACUAUUUGCCCUACAGAUGGUACACAGAGGAUGGAUGGCUUUUGUUCUAGAGGUGAACAUUCAUCUUCAUCUGCACACUGGCGACAGGAGGGCCUUGAUGUGAAAACCAUGAUGAAUACCUGGACGCUGCAGAAGGGCUUUCCCCUGAUAACCAUCACAGUGAGAGGGAGGAACGUCCACAUGAAGCAGGAGCACUACGUGAAGGGACUGGAUGAUGCCCCGGAAACUGGGUACCUGUGGCAUGUUCCAUUGACAUUCAUUACCAGCAAAUCAGACUCAGUCCAAAGAUUUUUGCUGAAGACAAAAACAGAUGUGCUCAUCCUUCCAGAAGAGGUGGAAUGGAUCAAAUUUAAUGUGGGAAUGAAUGGCUAUUACAUCGUGCAUUAUGAGGAUGAUGGAUGGGAUUCUCUGACUGGCCUUUUAAAAGGAACACACACGGCAAUCAGCAGUAACGAUCGGGCCAGUCUCAUUAACAACGCAUUUCAGCUUGUCAGCAUUGGAAAGGUAUCAAUUGAAAAAGCCUUGGAUUUAACCCUGUACUUGAAACAUGAAACUGAAAUUAUGCCGGUGUUCCAAGGUAUGAAUGAGCUGAUACCUAUGUAUAAGUUAAUGGAGAAGAGAGAUAUGGAUGAAGUGGAAACGCAAUUCAAGGCCUUUCUCAUCAGGCUACUGAGGGACCUCAUUGAUAAGCAGACGUGGACGGACGAGGGCUCCAUCUCAGAGCGAAUGCUGCGGAGUCAGCUGCUCCUCCUGGCCUGCGUGCGCAAGUAUCAGCCCUGCGUGCAGAGGGCAGAAGCCUAUUUCAAAGAAUGGAAGGAAGCCAAUGGAAACUUGAGCCUGCCCAAUGAUGUGACCUUGGCCGUGUUUGCUGUGGGGGCCCAGAACCCUGAAGGAUGGGACUUUCUUUAUAGUAAAUAUCAGUCAUCAUUGUCCAGUACCGAGAAAAACCAAAUUGAAUUUGCUCUCUGUAUUAGUCAAAAUAAAGAAAAGCUUCAGUGGCUACUAGAGCAAAGUUUUAAGGGAGAUGUAAUAAAAACUCAAGAGUUUCCAGAUAUUCUUAGAGCUGUUGGCAGAAACCCGGUGGGAUAUCCAUUGGCCUGGAAGUUUCUGAGGGAAAAUUGGAAUAAUCUUGUACAAAAGUUUGAACUUGGCUCGAGUUCCAUAGCCUCCAUGGUCGUGGGAACAACAAACCAAUUUUCCACGAGAGCACGGCUUGAAGAGGUAAAAGAAUUCUUCAGCUCUUUGAAGGAAAAUGGGUCUCAGCUCCGUUGUGUCCAACAAACAAUCGAAACCAUUGAGGAAAACAUACGUUGGAUGGAUAAGAAUUUUGAUAAAAUCAGAGUGUGGCUACAAAAUGAAAAGCUUGAACUGUUGUAACAAUUCGUUUCUUGCUGGUUCCUGUGAUGUGUAAUCUUCAAAAUUUGGUUGAAUGUGAAUAUUUUCAAACUAGAGGUGGUUAUUUUGGCACCUACUGAAGAUACUUCUUUUUCCUUCAACUGCUUAUUCAUUAACCCUUCCUAUGAAGACUGGCUGUUGAAUUUUUCAUCAAUUGGUCAUUGCCACCACGUGUCUCAUUACAGGUGUUGUCCCAAAAUGUAGACUCAAGUGGUGGGUUCCUUACUAUGGAGAAGUAAAGUACCUUAUUUUUUUCAUUCUGUAUUUUAUACUCAAGCCCUGUGGUCUCCAAAGCCCUGCUCCCCAUGCCCCAGUCCCCAUGUGUUUGUCAUUCAUUAGCUGUUCUGUCUCUCAAGUCUCCUCUGAAGACUUCAAACAGUGGGGACUCCUGACCCGUGAACCUCUGGAGCAGUGACUGAGCCAGAAUGCCCCGGAUCUGCCUUCUACUUUCCCUUCCUUGCUGCAUCCCAGGAGCUGACCUGCUGUAGGGCCACAUCAUCAGGCUUCCUGGUCCUCUGGCUUUUGGUCCAUCUCCCAGGAGGGCACAUUAGAGCCUUGGGUAGGGGAGAGAGUAGGUGGGGAUGUUCGUUCCCCCGGGUUCCCCUGCACAGCUUUCUCCAUCUCUGCGUUCUGGUAACCUUUGCCCUCUCAUCCCUUCAUGGUGAGGGAGGGGUGAAGAGGCAGCCUGGCUUUUAACUAGUCCUGGCUGUACUUGUGGUUUCCAUAUAUCCUGCCCUCGCUUUUGUUUAAAAACAAACAACUUUUGUAGAACCCUCCUCUGGUAAUGCUAAUUGGAGUGUGCCAUCUGUUUCCUCAGGGACCCUGAAUGAUAGUGUCUCUUCUGAAAAAGCAGAGUGCAUUCAGGUCUAGAGAAGAAACCUUUCAUUUGAAGUUGAAUCUGAGUGCUAUUGCUCCUUAGGUAGGUGAUGCUUCCUCUCCCUGUUCCUUAUUUGGCCUAGUUUACAAUCCUCAAAUAACUUGUUACUGGCACUUAUUGCCAGUAAGUCACUGGAGUUUCUAGUAAAUGAUAAUGUAUUGUGAAACUGAAAAUACUUGCUUUUGUUAGCCUAACUGAAGACAGUGCAUUGUCUUGGAAUUGAAGUCUUUUAUGAGUUUUUAAAAAUAUAUUACAAAAUUUAAGAUAAAGGAGUAUGAUUUGAAAAAUGUCAGUGUGUUGGUCUAAUACACUGUGGAAUAGAGUGACUUUUCUGGACACAAAUGUGUUUACAGUUUGAUUUUCAUAAGUAUGCAUGCUUAAUUGUUUGAGAAAUUAAAAAAAAAAAACAGAAAUCAUUGGUAAUUUCCACCCCUGCAUAUUUUCCUU